CAACGCACAGGCGAGUAAAUAAACGAGAGUGGACGAGUAGUGGCAGUUCCAUUGCCAGUGCCAGCGCCAGCGCUAGUGCCAGGCAGCUUCGAGUGGCGAAGUGACAUUUCCUAAAUUGUGUGUGGCGGAAAAAACAGAAGCAUUUGCAGCAAAUAAAUAGAAAAAUUUGUGGAAAUAAAAAAUAAUAAUUGAAAUAAAAUUAGGAGUAAAAAUAUCGCACAAGUUAAUAAAAGAAUUUAGCAAACAUUUUAUAGAAACUCAAUUCUAGUGAAGUACAGUGAAAAUUUGUAUCGCAAUUUUUUUCAUUCGUAGGAAUUUCAACGAGUGCGUAAGAGCGAAAGCCAAAAAGUGAAGUAGUGAAGCGCGAAAGGCAGCAAAGGCAAAGAGAGCACAACAUUUUUUUGUACGCCCUAACGCCGUCGCUCUAUUGAACAACAACAAGUAAUUAGGCAAACACGAAAAAUACAAAAAGAAAAUGUUUUAAGUGUGUGCACUGAAAAUUUAUGUGUACUGUUACAUACGUACAUAUGUAUGUAUAUACAAAUAGUAUAAGCACUAAAUAUAUACGCCGACGGCUUUGAUAUCGCAAGUUUGGCCUGACCUUUUUAACGACUUCGCAUUUGCUGUUGUCCCAUUGCAGCGCAUAUCCUUUUAGGUCACUUGCCGUGUAAUCGUUAUCGAUGCGUAUACUUUUUUUUUAGUGCUCUGCUGAAUUGUCAAAUACUGUCAAAAACCAAGGCGGGAGUGAUUUUUUUUAUUGUAAAGUGACUGCAAGGAAUUGAAAUUAUUUUUGAUAUCUUGUACCCCUGCUUCUGUUCCCCUUCAUCAUACCUGUGGGGGAGAAUUUCCACGCAUACACACACACACACACAUACGCCCAAUCAAUGAAAAAAAUGGUAACGAUGACUUCAGAGAUGGACAAAACGCAAACCUCAAUCGUUAUGACCGCCAAAUUUGCUGCCGAAAAUGCUGCUCGUACCACCAAUCCACUUCAGUCUGAGGAAAUGGCCAAUCAUGGGCGUAGUGUUGAUGUUCUUGCGGACACUGGCAAUGCAAAUAGCGGUGCAGGCAACACUUGCGAUGAAGCGAAAAGUUCAGAUACAACAACAGCCACCUCAGUUGCAGCGAUCAAGCCAUUGGAAUUGUCAAGUGUCACAAUUUCCAUUGAAUUUGCAAGUGAAGAUGAGUCCUCAACAGUUGUGACGCCAGCUGAUGGUGUGGAAGCGGUUGCAAGUAGUACCACAACAUCAACCAGCACCUCGCAAGGAGCAACGCCCAAAACGCCAACCACGCCGAUUGCUGUUGCAAAGCCUGCCACACCUACUGCAACACCAAAAAUAUCGGCAGCAGCAAGUGCCACAGAAUCUGCAGCGAUCACUGCGGCUGUCAUCGAAACAUCUGCUGCGUCCGCUGCCGCUAACAAUGGCGACAAUGCAACAAUAAGUGAAUCUGCUAUUGCGAACGACACCACCAUUGCAACAGCGACCAAAACAUCGUCACCGCAAGCGUCCCGAGCAGCGCCAGCCACUGGUUCAGCUCCGACCCUGGCCACAAAUGCAGUUAGGGCGCCUACAAAUGCAACCACCGUCGUCACAACCACCGCCGCCGCUUCAAAGUCAACGUCGCCAGUAGCCGCAGCAGCAGCAGCAGCAUCAACCUCAACAACAAAAGUGAACUUUAGCGACAACAUCACAAGCAAUAGCACCUGUACGUCCAGUACAAAUAGCACCAGCAGUGUAACCAGCAUCUCUGCGCCGGCUGCCGCAGGUGGUGCCACUGGCAAUGGCAAUGGCAAUGGCAGUCAAAAUCAUCAUAACCAUCAGCAAAGCAGUCAGCAUGAGAAGUCGACUGCCGGGACUAGCAGUGGGAGUGGUAGUGUUGGUGGUGCUGAUAGCUCGCACAAUCAGCUGCAUGGCGCGAAGCCUUCCUUCCCCACAGCCGCAAUAACAAAUCUGCCGUUAACACGUCGCAAUGAAGAUGCGCCCAAUAUUCUAGUGUACAAAAAGAUGGAAGCAAUCAUCGAUAAGAUGCAAGCAGAAUCGACUGGAGUGGCCGUGCGUACAGUUAAAGCGUUUAUGAGCAAAGUGCCAUCAGUGUUUACUGGUGCGGAUCUAGUCGCUUGGAUACUAAAGAAUCUUGGUGUAGAAGAAGUGACAGAAGCCUUGCAUUUUGCUCAUUUGGUUGCCUCGCAUGGUUACAUUUUUCCCAUCGAUGAUCAUCAGUUGACUGUGAAAAAUGAUGGCACGUUUUAUAGAUUUCAAACGCCCUACUUCUGGCCAUCAAAUUGCUGGGAGCCGGAAAACACCGAUUAUGCCGUGUAUCUGUGCAAGCGUACAAUGCAAAAUAAAACUCGACUGGAAUUGGCUGAUUAUGAAGCGGAAAAUUUGGCUAAAUUGCAAAAAAUGUUCUCACGCAAAUGGGAAUUUAUCUUCAUGCAGGCGGAGUCACAAAGCAAAGUUGCGAAAAAACGUGAUAAACUGGAGCGCAAGGUGUUAGAUUCGCAGGAGCGCGCUUUUUGGGAUGUGCACCGGCCGAUGCCCGGCUGUGUGAACACUACAGAAAUCGACAUAAAGAAAGCCUAUCGACGUGGCGGUCAUGGUUCGGGUACCUCUGGCGGUGCUGUGGCAAAGAAUCCUAUCGAACAAUUGACGCGCGUAAUUGCGCUACGCAAACAAAAACUCGAGCGACGCACAAUCAAGGUGUCGAAGGCGGCAGAAGCCCUGGUUGCCUACUACGAGCAGUACAAUGAAUUUGAUUACUUUAUUACAUUGCCAGAGUUGCCCAAUCCCUGGCAAACAGACAGCACAGAAAUGUGGGAUGCGGAACGUAACUCAAAAGACGUUCCGCUACGGCGCGUCAAACGUUGGGGAUUCAGUUUACGUGAGCUACUGAACGAUCCAGUGGGUCGCGAACAAUUCACUAAAUUUCUCGAAAAAGAAUACAGUGGCGAGAACUUAAAGUUCUGGGAGUCGGUGCAACAAAUGAAAACGCUACCACAAUCUGAAAUCAAAGAAGCAAUACACAAAAUUUGGCAAGAAUUUCUCGCACCCGAUGCACCCUGUCCGGUCAAUGUGGAUUCCAAGUCAGUGGAAUUGGCACGCGAAGCAGUCAACGCCGCAAAUGGGCCAAAUCGUUGGUGUUUCGAUGUGGCCGCUGCGCAUGUCUACCAUCUCAUGAAGAGCGAUUCAUAUUCACGUUAUCUACGCUCGGAUAUGUACAAGGACUAUUUGAAUUGUUCGCGCAAGAAAAUUAAAUCGAUACCAAAUUUGUUUGGUGUAAAGCGUUAGGGGGCGGAGUAAAUAAAAAUAUUGAAAAUAAGUAAGGAAGAGGCGAAUGAGCAUGGAAUAUGAAAUGGUUGAAUUACUUACACAUAAGUACUUUAAAUAUAAAUAUGUACCGUCAUGCCGCUUGUUAUUUAUAAUAUUUUGUUAAUAAGUAUGUACGAAAUGAUGUUGGAAAAGAGGAAUUGAAAAGUGUACCCGCAUGUGGUUGAAAC